AUGGUCGACGACGGUGUAGUAAGGGUCGUCCGAAACCCGCAAACGCAACAAGCUUCUCGAGGAGAAGCCGUCAUAAAUGACGACUGCUGGGACUUCGAAAACAUGGGAAGCCAUCUCCAGGUAACACACAUCGAUGGGACCGUCCGGAAUGUGGACAGGGACGCUCUCGGCACUACCAUCUCGUCAGAAAGUGGCAGUAUCUGGCUAUUGAUGUUGGCCCAAUCAUUGGCCAUCGCAGCUGCGUUUCUGGGUUGGGUAGCACCCGGAAACACGAGCUCCAUCGGAUUUCUCCUCCUCGGUCGACUUUCAGACCUGUACGGACGGAGGCAGUUCAUUGUCGGAACCUCCCUUCUGGGAGUCGUCGGCUGCCUCCUCGGCUCCUUUGCGGUCAACGCCGAGAUGCUCAUCGCCGCCAAUAUCUGCAACGGAAUGGCUGCUGCCGCCCAGCUACCUCUUGGAGUUGCUGUAGCCGAACUCGUGCCGAACAAGGACAGAGCAAGAACAGUUGCCGAAGCAUUUUCCACCGCCGAACAGCCUCUCAUGCCUCCAAAGAUGUUCAAGAAUGUCCAGUUCGCAAGUCUCGUUGCUUGUGCAACUUUCUCCUCGAUGGUUUUUUAUGCCCUCACCGUCCUCUGGCCAUUUGUUAUCGGAAAGGUUUUCAACAAGGACUCGGACACGGUUGCUUGGUCUGCCUCAUUGCUACCCUUUGGUGCCACACUCGGAAUAGCCUUGACAGCUGUUCCGUCACUACGUGGUGAACGCUUCAGAAAACAGUGUAUGGUAGCGUCAGGUGUCGCUCUGGCUCUCAUGGCUCCAUUAUGCACUAUAUGGUUUGACACCCGCCAUGGACUAAUUGUUCUGACGGGCAUAUGUGCGUCUUUUGCUCUUGGCCACAUUGUUGCCGUUGCCAUCACUGGUGUCACCCUUGUGUGGGAACCGCAAGAUAUCGGCCUCGCAUCAGGAGUCCUCGGCUCAAUGUGUAGCUUGGGCUGUGCCUUCGCAAGGGCAUUAGUUACCUUGUUAUUGAGGAAAAAGCUGGAGGAGCAGCUGACCAAGUCCGUCACGCCAGUUGUCUUGGACGCUAUCCUGCCCGGCCCCAUUUUGAAACAACUGGCCACCACCAUCCGAGAGCAAGCAACAAUGAACGGGAAAACCAACUUGACGGCGUUCACAUCAGUGAGCAUACUCUCCAGGUUUGCAAUUACCAACGCAAUUCAAGCCGGAUACAGUUAUUCACUUCGAUUGAUCUUCCUUGCCAUCAUCCCUUUCUCCGCUAUUCUCCUGAUCGCCGCUUGCUUCCUUCCAAAUCUGGACCAGUUCAAUACUCUAAAAGUUGCAAGAAGAUUGCAAGGCCCUGAUGGAAACGCCCCACAGAAUGAUGAAGAAGCGGCCGAAGAACCAGGACUUGAGUUGUCGAUGCUUGGUCGGCCUGUGUCAGCCGCAGAUGUGAUUUGA